CACUACCAACUCUCGACAUCCCAACUGCCAGCUACGAAAUAUCAGACACAUAACAUCGUUUCCCGACUCUGCUUUGCAUCCAUAGCACCGAGCUCACUCGCACCUUGUGACAUUGACAUGGCUGGGACGGUCCUCCCAUCAAUCGAGACUGGUAGCGAUCCUUUAUCUGCGAAUAUCAGCGUGCUCAGCGACGACACCUACGUAGAAGAAGAAGGGACGCCAGAGCCAGAUGAUACAGAGGCACGGCUCAACUGGGGUCGAAAACACUACGGGGAGGACUGGUAUCUAGAAAGAGUAGCUGGCCGUGAAGCUGCACGGAAGGCGCGAUGUGAGGAGGAGGAACGCGAACGGAUUGAAGAUGAGAAAGUGGAGGCAAUAAGGAAGCUUCGGGAGACGGAACCUUGGGAGUACGAACGUCAAAUGAGGGAAUACAAUCUUCAGCUACAAGGACUUACCAAAGCGCAAAUCGACGAAUCCAACCAACCUCUUCCCGAAGAGGUAAUUAAAAGCAAUUGGGAAGGUUUUUCUGCUCUUCUCCAGGGCAAAGUUCUACAACCUGCCACCGCAGACGGGCAUGCUGAUGCUCGCUCAGAGAGCAUGGAAGUGCCGCGACCACGCGCAUCCCUUCGACUUCAGAAACCAACGAAGGAGGUUUCUCGCAAGAUCCGCUGCGGUAGAAUCGCGAAGAGCACCGCCCGAGACGGAACCGUUAGCAGUGGCAACCGAUCCAAACGACCCGCGCCGACACUCGCAGGAGCUCUGGUAGAUGAGGAGAACGCUUCUAAUGCAACCAAGGUCAAAGUUCCUCAGUCAAAGCAUGACAAGACAAGACAGCGAAAGGCAUACAAGGGAGAGCGAGCAAGUCGAAGACUCGCCAAUAAACCAGUCAAAUAUGGCAUAUUCGCAAAUCGAAGUAUGGCACCAGUCCCCAAAGACCUACAGCGCAAUCCUUCGACGCGCAAGCGUAAUCCUGCGGGCCCUCGCAGCAAGAAGAAGUCAAUAGCAGUCGAGCCCGCAAAGCAUCGAGGGGCUUUGAAAUCUGGGCGAGAAGGGACACACCGUUCGAGAUCCAAGAAGCAAUCUGGAGGCUGAAUAUACGUG